AAGAAGCCAUCAUACGUCUCCAAAGAGAUAUAAAAGAGUUAAUACACGAGUUUAACUCUCAAGCUUCGGAGAUGAAGAAUAGUAUGAUGAAGCAGGAGAAGGAACUCAAAGAAACUGUAUCAGCUAAUGAAUCUCUCAAGCAAGCCCUAACUAACCAGGAGGCGUUUACUAAGAGUGUAUGUGAUCAGAGUAACCAGCUGCAGGAAAAGCUUGCUGCCUUGGAAGAGGAACAAGUCUCCGCUGGGAAACUGAUUCAGGAACUCCAGAUGCAAUUACAAGAUGCUAAAGGAGCUAAUGAAUCUUUGAAAACUGAUGUGAUUUCUCUGACCGAGAAGAAUGGUGACUUGGAGAAAGAGAUUUGUAACAAAAAUGAGCUCUUGGCCAACUCAGACUUAGAACUGCAGAAGUUAACACAGCAGCUAUCGGCACUAGACCUGGAGAAAACUGAGGUUUUAGCUGCCUUGGACAAAGCAGGUGAAGAAGCUAAAGCUAUGGUAAAUAAGGUGCAAGAGCUCACUGAGACAGGACUCGCGAUGGAAACCAAGAUUCAGCAGAUUGAAGAUGCUAUGACAGCUUCCAAAGAAGAAGCCAAUCUCAAACUCAAAGAAUUGACUUCGGCAAUAGAAUCUAAGAACAAAGAACUGGACUCGAAGACGAUUACGAUCACACACCUCAUGAACGAGGUCAAGACCGUGUCUGAUGUACGGGCGAAGCUGGAGACUGCUAUAGAGAAGAUACGACAAGAGUUGUCUGAAGAGAAAGAUGCGGCUGGGGAAAGAGAGAAGAGACUGGUUAUGAGAGUGGAGCAACUCGAUGUUACUGUUAAAAAUAAAGACAUGGAGCUGUCUAAAAACAUGAGUGUUAUUUUGGAACUGCGAAGUGACAAGGAGCGUCUAAAUGAGAAGAUAACAAGUAUGCAGAACAAAAUCGACAAUAUUCAAAAGGAACUGACUCGUCCAGCCACCACGCAACCUCGCAUUGAGCCUGAGCAGGAUGAUAACGCUGUCAUGCUUACUCCUUCUACUAAGAGGAACAAAGCACCAGUGAACCUUGGAGCUGAACUAGGGCCGCCACCUUCACGCAAUGAUCCGAAGAACGACAGCCUGUUAUUCAACUUCUUGAGUGACAACAGCAUGGAUGGCGAUAAAACUGUCGAUGCGUCUCUGGUGAACCGUCGCUUCGAAGCGAUGUCCAGAGGCGAGUGUCUGUCACCGCUACCGCUGUCUAACAUGAAGCGCCGCCGCAGCGCCGUGCCCGCUACGCAGGGUGGCCUGCGAUACAAGCACAGUGACAAAGACGAAGAAUUGAUGUCGCUGUCGCAAGUGAAGGCAGCCGCACAGGCACAGAACAAACCGCGUACAUUCUUCAAAAACAAGCGCCAUGACAAGAUGAAACAUUAAAUUGAUUACUCUGUAUUUUUUUAAUUUUCCUCAUGAG